UUCCGUAAACACGAGGUGUCUGUGCCGGGUGUUUUUUUCCGUUAAUGUCGUUUUUUCACAAAGUAUUUAUGCAUCCUGGAUGUAUACGAUGUCCCAUACUGAAUCCUCCUGUACGACCUCUCCUGAUCAAGAAAGCCCUUGCGUGGGUGUGGGUGAAAGUACUGAAGAUGGGAGAGAUGACUCUGCUGACAAAAACACUAAAUGUGUGAGCAGUGACUGCAUCAGUCCAGACAGCAGUGUGCGGGAGUGUGUGUUACAGGAGGUAGGACUCACCAGCACCACAUUCAUUGGUCCAGUAUUUCCUCCAGAAACAGCCCCAGUCAAGUCUGACAUUGAAGACACACUGAUCGAGUUUUACAAAGAGCUUGAGGAGAUCGAUACGUGUGAUGGUGCUCAUGGUAACCCAGGGAAACAAGAUGACAGUCUUGUUCAACCACCCACACCUCCUAAAACGUAUACCAGCAAACAGAUUCAGGAUGUAAGCCAGGGGAAAGCUGUUAAUGCAAGUAAAUCUGCAGAAACACACAGCUACCAGAAAAGCAGCGGGCAGAAACAGCCAUCCUGGCCACACUGGUAUCAAAAUGAGCCAUACUACCCCAGGAGGCUGAGGCCAGGUAUGCGCCAUAACUCUGCUACAGCCAUUCCUACCCAGAAUCAAUGGUAUUAUUCUCGACCACUGAGCAGACCGCCACACCCAAGAUUUCACAGACCCCCAUUCCAUCACCCACCUCCGCCCCCAUUUGUACAAAACCCGCCACCACACGUGAAUCCCAAAUGGAGCGAUUCAGGCUUGGCAAACCAGAAUCAAGAGGAGUCACAUUUUCCAACAUUUUCUAGCUUCCCAUCUUCAAAUGUAUCCUGUCCCCCCACUCAGGGCUGCUAUGGAGAUUAUCCACAUCACUCUGACAUGGACGAACGGGGUUGUAGCUACAAGGCAUACUCAGAUAAUGUAAAUAUAGAAUGGUCUAGAGAUAGAGAAGAAGAAUGGUCUCAGUUUGAUGAAGAUUUUGACAGGCAUCAGAGAUUUGUUUCAGAAAAUGAACUCUGGGAGCAACCGCAUCACUGCCGACCCCCUGAUAACACUCAUGCAUACCACUCUUCCUUGGUGCUGAUCUUAAUGAGGGGAUUGCCAGGAUCUGGGAAAUCAACACUAGCCAGGGAGCUGGUCUCCACUGGUCCGAGUGGAUUGAUACUGAGCACAGAUGACUACUUUGCUCACAAGGAUGGCUACCGCUAUGAACCAGGCCUUCUUGGAGUGGCACAUGAAUGGAACCAGAACAGAGCUAAAGAUGCUAUGCACGAUGGCCGGUCUCCAAUUAUUAUUGAUAAUACAAACAUUCAAGCCUGGGAAAUGAAGCCUUAUGUCAAAAUGGCCUUAGAGAGAGGAUACAAAGUGGACUUUUGUGAACCUGACACCAGCUGGAAGUUGGACCCCUAUGAGCUUGAGAAGAGGAACAAACAUGGCGUUCCCCAGGAGAAGAUUACACAGAUGCUGGAUCGCUUUUCAUUUCCCAUUUCCAUAGACAUUGUCAUGAGUUCACAAGAGCCACCUCACGUGAACCAGAGACAUCGACCAGACGAGCAGCUCCGGCCGAGACAAAUGAGGAGAAACAGAGAUUUCCAUUAGUUUGUAUGAGGACUGAUCCAGCCAAAUAAUUUUGACCUGAAGAACAGUAUUUUUGUAACGGUGUAAAUGUUGCUGCUGCUGCAAUUUUAAUAUAUCAUUUUGUAUGCUGUAAAUUUGUGUAAACAAAUAUAUUUUCUCUAACAGAGUUUUCAUUAUUAAAUUGUCAAGUUUCCAAUCUUUGCUUGGAAAAGUGAAAUGAAGGACA